UUGACAAAGGGAGGGAGGGGGAGCUGGAGCAAAAAGAUCAUGCAGUGGUGAGGGUCUGUUUACACUGUGCCCUGAUCAUGGAGGACUGAAAUCAUCUUUCACUCACUUUGGAUUUGAAAGUUACUUUGGUUUGGAUGGAAAUUGCAUUUCUUCUAUUACAGUAAUGGAAGGGAUACAAGAGGAGGACAGUUGCAGUAUUUAUCCAGCAGCUUUUCCCUCCAGAGAAGAGAUUAGGGCUCGGCUGCAGAACUUUUUAGAGGACCAGAUGCACACCAGUAUGUGGACCGGUGUGCUGAUCGGAGUGGUAGCUGCUGUCUCACUCAUUAGUGUUAUCAUAUAUUUGCUGUACAGAAGAUACAAAACAAAACAGCAAACUGAAACCCCCAAGUAUCGCUUCAGGAAAAGGGAUAAAGUGAUGUUUUAUGGCCGGAAAAUAAUGAGAAAGGUGCAGACGUUAUCUUCUCCAGCCAAUUCAGGUCCAGUGUCUCAAAAACGAACCAGAAAGAGACCCAAAGUUCUUUCGAUUGCACGCAAGAUAUUGCAUAUGCGGCGGGAGCCGCCCACCGUUCAACCCAAAGAGCCGCCCCCGUCAGUUCUGGAGGCAGAUUUAACCCAGUUUGAUGUUCAGAACUCUCACCUGCCAUCUGAGGUCCUGUACAUGCUUAAGAACGUCAGGGUUCUGGGUCACUUUGAGAAGCCCCUGUUCCUGGAGUUGUGCCGACACAUGGUGUUCAUCGAGCUACAGCAGGGAGAGGGACUUUUUCGGCCUGGAGACACAGACGACAGCAUCUUUGUUGUGCAGAAUGGCCGACUUGACCUUUGUGUUAAUCAGGUUGACGGCACAGAGCUGGUGGUAAAGCAUGUUUUGCCUGGAGACAGCGUUCACAGUCUGCUUAGUAUCCUGGAUGUCAUUACUGGAUAUCCAGCUCCCUAUAAGACCGUAUCAGCCCGUGCUGCAGCUCCGUCCAUUGUUCUCCGUCUCCCUGCUGCAGCCUUUCAGUCAGUGUUUGAGAAAUAUCCAGAAACUCUGGUCCGGGUUGUUCAGAUCAUGAUGGUGCGUCUGCAGAGAGUGACCUUCCUCGCCCUGCACAACUACCUGGGGCUGACCACCGAGCUGUUUAACACGGAGAGUCAGGCCAUUCCUCUGGAGAACGUGGCCAGGGUGCUGGGAGAGGGAAGCCCGGGCCGAAGCUAUCGCAGACACUCGCACACUGGAGAGGACGAUUCUGCUGAGAAACUUGCGCAUGGAAGCACAGAGAAGCAAAGUGCUGCAGGUGAUGGGAAGCCCAGUCCCAUGCAGAGUGCGUCGAUGGCCUUCAGGAAAUCUCGUUCCAUGUCCACUCCGUCAGAGAGCUCAAUUUCAGGAGACGGCGAUCUCAGCGCAGCCUUCGAUAAAGUGACGGCUCAAAAAAACGAACUUCCUCCAAACCCUGUAGCGUACAAGUCAAUCCUGAAGAAGAGCGUGACCAUGCAGCCUUCUCCCUCUGCCGUGUACCACUAUUCUGACACCGGGGGGCACUCUGGCAACGUCCACCACAACAAAGUCAACGCUAUCUUCCAGGCUGCCAAGAAAGACCUGCUCAAGAUCAUCCAGCUCCAGGAUCCAAGUCUUCUGGAAGGCAGGGUUACUUUGAGACAAGUAAAGGCUGGAAGUGUGAUAUCAAACCAAGGAGACCAGGAUGUGAGCAUGCAGUUUGUGAUCUCUGGCAUGCUGCAUGUGUACCAGCGGAUGAUUGACAGAGACGAGGACUCGUGUCUGUUUGUGACUCACCCGGGUGAGCUGGUGGGUCACCUGGCCGUGCUCACGGGAGAGCCGCUCAUCUUCAGCGUACGUGCUAACCGGGAUUGUAGCUUCCUAUCCAUCUCCAAAACACACUUUUAUGAGAUAAUGCGUGAGGAGCCACAGGUGGUGUUGAACGUGGCUCACACAGUGGUGCGCAGACUCUCGCCCUUCCUCAGACAGAUUGAUUUUGCACUCGACUGGAUGGCUGUGGAGGCCGGAAGGGCUGUCUAUAGGCAGGGUGAAAAGUCAGACAGCACCUAUAUCGUGCUGAGCGGUCGUCUGCGCUCAGUCAUCAUGAGGGAGGACAAGAAGAAAGAGCUGACCGGAGAGUACGGGAGAGGCGACCUCAUCGGCGUGGUGGAAGCUCUGACUCACAUGAACCGUGCCACCACAGUCCACGCAGUCAGAGACUCAGAGCUGGCUAAGCUGCCUGAAGGAGCGCUGACCUCCAUCAAAAGAAAAUACCCUCAGGUUGUGACUAGACUGAUUCAUCUCCUCGGUCAGAAAAUUCUGGGAAACAUGCAGCAAGUCAGUGGUCCGUUAUCAGCACAUGGUCUGGGUCUGCACUCUUCUGGCAGUAAGUGGGAUGCGGGUAAUCCUGUCUCCAACCUAUCCACCGUAUCCAUCCUUCCUGUGUCUGAUGACGUGCCCAUGACAUCCUUUGCUCUGGAGUUGCAGCAUGCUCUCAGCGCUAUUGGUCCUACUUUACUCCUGACCAGUGACAUCAUCAAACAGCGUCUGGGUGCCGCAGCACUCGACAGCGUUCAUGAGUAUCGGUUGUCCAAUUGGCUGGGACAGCAAGAGGAUAUUCACAGGAUUGUUGUGUACCAGUCAGACAGCACGCUGACGCCGUGGACGCAGCGCUGUAUCCGGCAGGCUGACUGUAUUCUCAUUGUGGGUCUGGGAGAGCAGGAGCCCACAGUCGGAGAGCUGGAGCAGAUGUUGGAGGGCAGCGCGGUUCGGGCUCAGAAACAGUUGGUACUCCUGCAUCGUGAGGACGGACCUCCACCUAGAGGAACAGCCGAAUGGCUCAACAUGCGCAGCUGGAUCUCCAGACACCUGCACCUGUCAUGUCCUCGCAGGGUUUUCAGCCGCAGAAGUCUGCCCAAACUGAGAGAGAUGUAUCAGCGUGUCUUUGAAAAGCCCCCAGACCGCCACUCUGAUUUUUCUCGCCUGGCUCGAGUGCUGACAGGCAAUGCCAUAGCCCUGGUGCUUGGGGGAGGAGGUGCUAGAGGCUGUUCUCAGGUGGGCAUCAUCCGGGCUCUGUGUGAAGCAGGGAUCCCUAUUGAUCUGGUGGGUGGUACUUCUGUCGGCUCCCUGAUGGCGGCGCUGUUUGCCGAGGAGAGAAGCUACAGCCGAAUGAGAGUCAGAGCACGCGAAUGGGCCAUAGACUUUGGAUCGAUGUUUAAGAAGAUCCUGGACUUGACAUAUCCAGUGACCUCUAUGUUCACUGGCGCAGCCUUUAACUCCAGCAUCAGUGCGUUGUUUAAGGACAAACAGAUCGAGGACCUUUGGAUUCCAUACUUUAACAUCACUACAGACAUCACCGCCUCUGCCAUGAGAGUGCACACUGACGGUUCUCUGUGGAGGUACGUGCGUGCCAGCAUGUCUCUCUCGGGCUACUUGCCUCCACUUUGUGACCCAAAAGAUGCACAUUUACUCAUGGAUGGUGGUUAUAUCAACAACCUGCCCGCUGAUGUAGCUCGCUCUAUGGGUGCCAAAGUAGUGAUAGCGAUUGACGUAGGCAGCCAGGAUGAGACCAACCUAACCAACUACGGAGACUCUCUAUCCGGGUGGUGGCUGCUAUGGAAACGCUUUAACCCUCUAGCAGAGAGAGUGAAGGUGCUGAACAUGGCGGAGAUCCAGACGCGACUGGCCUACGUGUGCUGCGUGCGUCAGCUGGAAUUGGUGAAAGACAGCGACUACUGCGAGUACAUCCGGCCUGCUAUUGACCGCUAUGGUACUCUAGAGUUCAGCAAAUUCGACGAGAUCGCCGAUGUCGGCUAUCAGCACGGGAAGACGGUGUUUGAUCUGUGGUGUCGCAGCAGAGUGGUGGAGAAAAUGCUGAAAGAUCGACAUCAGGAGGAGUUCCACAAGAGCAAGAGCACCAAUGUGGUGACCUGUCCUAAUGCCUCGUUCACUGACCUGGCUGAGAUCGUGUCUCGGAUAGAGCCGGUGAAGCAGGCCAUAGUGGAAGAGGAAUCGGAGUAUCACACAGACUACGAUGAGGACAUAGUGCUGUCCGACUUGGACCUGUCCAACGCCUGCAGCGAGCACGAGCACACAGAGGAAGAGGACGAGAAUACAGAUGAGACGGCUGACACUGGCGAUACGGAUGAAGAUAUACUGACAGUGAGAAGACAAAGGCGGCACCGGAACGCCAAUCACACGAGCCAUGACUUGCGUUGAGGAAGGAGUGCGGAUGCUAGAGGUGUAACCAUCAGAUGAUUUGGAUCGAUGCAUCAAUUUAAAAGGCAACGGUUGAGAUCAGAUUGUAUUAAAUGGCAGAUUUGGUUGUAUUUUCACAUAACAAAUUGCUGCCUGGGGCGGGUGGGGGUGGGGGGGCAUGGGGGGGGCUUGGUGGAUUACUGGUUAGCCCCUCCAGUGAUGGGGGUUCGAUUCCUGCCUCUACUUCAUGUGUAGUCAACUUUCCUCCUCAAGUCCAAACACAUGCUGUAGGCUGAUUGGCAUCUCUAAAUUGUCAGUAGUCUAUGAUUGUGUUUUGCAAUGGCGUCCCACCCUGUCCAGGAUGUCUCCUGCCUUGUGCACCAGGUCGACUGGGGAAGACUUCAGGUUCCUCACAACCCUGUGUAAGCUAUAAGCGAUACAGAAAACGGAUGGAUGGCUACAAAUAUUGCCUUAAGAAUCAAAAUCGUAUCAUAACAGAUUUAGUUGUAUCAUUAUUACACUGUUGCCUAAUGAAUUGAUUCCUACCGUGUUGUAGCAGAUUUAGUGGUCUGGUCAAAAAUGCCCUAACAAUUGUGAUGAUAUUGUAGAAGAUUCAGGGGUAGUAACAAAUAUCGUAUCUUUGACUUAUGAAUUGAAUUCAUCAUCAUAUCGUGUGGACAUCUGAGGUUUACACUUUUACAGGCUACAUACUGUAGUAACUAAGCUAGCUAUAUAGUUAUAUAGUAUAACUCGAAGGAGGUCAGAUUUGUAGCAUACAAAGCAAAACGGGAAGGUAGUGUCAUUAGUUUGAGUGUUAAUGCAGCUUGAGUAACAUGAACAGGAUCAAAUUGGAGUAGGAGUUUACUGUUAAAUCAAGGACCCACCGAUCUGUCUGCAGUUUUGCACAAUUCACCAUUUUACUCACAUCAUGAAGGAUGCAGUAAAGAGUUGGCAGACAAGAGUUCACAAAAAUUACCCAGUGUUUGGUCCUUCAGGAUUGGAACUGUGUGUCUUCUACAGAUUAAAGGGAUACGUCACCAAUUUUUAAUCCUAAUCUCUGUCCACCUCAAAUUCGACACAAUUCUCUGUGCUUGAAAAAUAACAUCAUAAAAAAAUUGCUGAACUUUUUCUAAGACUCUUGGAAGUCCAUUAUUACUGAAUUAUGGUCAAAAAAGAUCAUUUCCUAAUACUGGAAAUCUUGUUGAAAUUCUUAUCCAUAGUAGUUGCACAAAACUGUACAAAUCCAAUGGAUACAGAUAAGGCUGAUAACCAUGAGUGUCAUUCAUGAGUGACACCUCAAUAAGCUGCUGUUCAAAAAAUACAUAUCGCACAAGCCUUUAUGCUCUGGUUUCUCAUUUUGAAUAGCAUUUCUCAUGCAAGCCAAUCAAUGCAAUUUUAUAUAUAAGUAUUUUAGCUGCUCAUUGUGUGUGUACCAUUUAUUUGUUGAUGUCUAUGAUUUGUUAAUCAAUGAAAACAAGCUAUAUUGUAAGUGUUAUGUAAUGAAGUGUGUGACUUGACAUUCAUAAAGUAAACAGUGUUUCAGUGUUAAUGGCACAAGAGGGGGAUACAAUAUGCUAAUACAGGGCUUUACAUUUCUGCAUCAUAAAUGUAGUCAGUUAUAAAAGAACACUAACAUAAUAAAAGAAAAAGCGACUGAGUCUUUCUGUA